AUGUCUUUAAUAAAUGUCCAUCCUCCUAAAACGUAUUUCGGUGCGGGAGGCAUUCAAAAGUCAUUGGGUUCUCUUCCUGGAUUCCCAUGGACAAAAUAUCCCGGAGAAAAACAUCUCCCAGGGCACAAUUAUACAGGUCCAGGCACUAGGUUAGAUCUGCGUUUAGACGAAAAUGAUAUUCCCAAACCAGGGGAAGAACCCGUUAAUAGAGUUGACGCAGCAGCACUCAAACACGACAUACUGUACAGAAAUAAAGACGUAACAUUCAGACACCAAGCAGACAAACAAAUGAUAGACGAACUCGAAAAUAUUCCAAAUCCCACUUUCAAAGAGAAAUUACAAAGGGCUCUUAUCAUUAAACUCUUGAAGGCAAAAUUGAAAUUGGUGGAUAAAACAAGUGAGUUGAUAUCUAAAUUAGACGAUAAGAUUACGAAGGUAAAAAUAGACGUCCAACGUUUAAUAGACAACCCAAAUGUAAACGAGGAUAGAUUGAAACGAAAACUAUCCGCUUUGGAAAGAAAACUUGGCGAAUUGCUAGCAGAACUAGACAAGACCGCGGACAAAACCGAGUUACAAAAUUCGAUAUCCAAUUUGAACGAAAAGAUCGCGAAACAAAAAUCAGAUGUUCAAGAUAUAAUUAACACACUUCCCAUUGACAAAGAUACGUUGAAACGACAAUUGACUGCUUUGGAUACUAAAAUCACGGACGAAUUAGAAAAAGAAGUGGGUGUGAUUAAAAACUUUCUUCAAAAUAAAUUUCGAGAUGAUAUGAAAAAUUAUAUUAAAGAACAGGUCAAUCUUUUGGUAUCUAGAAUUCAUGACGAUUUUUUGAGACAAGAGAGAAAGUUGAGCAAAUUAGAAGCUAUUGUCACGGACAAAUCGUAUUAUUUCAAUCUACCAUUCGAAAGUGACACUGUCUUCGAUAGAAAAGACCAAAUUUAUAAAUCAAACAAAUACGGAUUCAAAGCAGAAAUAAAAGUAGGUACUCUCGCAUACGGAGAACCUAAAAACGUAUUCGAUAUCGGCGAAACACAAGAGUUUUCUUUUCGAGGUAAUUGUCUGAUUCAAAUAGAGUUUCCCAUGAAGGUUAAAGUCAAUAAAGUAGUCUUCAAACAAACCGGUAAGGGCGUUAAACAUAUUUCAUUAUUCAAUGAUGGUAAUUUGGAAGAGAAUAUACGUUUGAUUGAUAAAAGGGAUCAGGAAAUUGAAACGAAAAAUGGUAAAUAUGUAGACACCUUUAAAUGGAAGUAG